AUGUUAUUAUCAAAAGCAAAUAUGGCGGCGACGAAGAUCAAUAAUUUGACAGUAAUUGGAGCUGGUUUAAUGGGUUCGGGAAUUAGUCAAGUUUCGGCAAAUGCAAAUAUAAAUGUUACAAUUGUUGAUAGCAAUCAGAAGGCUCUUGAAAAAUCCCAGAAGGGAAUCGAAUCAAGUUUGAAGCGUGUUGCCAAAAAGAAAUUUGCCAAUGAUGAAGCGGUUUGUUUCUUUCAAAUUUGCAUAUAUAAAUACAAUUUUUCAUAGCAGCGGCAGAAGCGAGGAGGAAACGUAAUUUUCUUUUUUCAGGCACAAUCUAAUCUUGUCAAAUCGGUUUUGGAUCGAAUUAGAGUUUCGACAAAUGUUGGAGAUUCGGUUGAAAAUGCUGAUCUUGUUAUUGAGGCUAUCGUUGAAAAUAUUGAGAUUAAACAGAAAUUGUUUGCCGAGGUGGAAGAUGCGACAAAAAAGUAUGUAAAUUUAUGAAUAAAAAGAAAAAUGAGAAUAUUUGUCUUUAGAUCUACAAUUAUCGCAACUAACACAUCUUCUCUACGAUUACAAGAUAUCGGGAAAAAUCUCAAAGAUAAAACCCGAUUUGGUGGUCUACAUUUUUUCAAUCCUGUGCCUAUGAUGAAAUUACUCGAAGUUGUCAAACAUCCCGAAACAUCUGAUGCAACUUUCAAAACUCUGAUGGCCUAUGGAAAAGCUGUCGGAAAAACGACAGUCGCUUGCAAGGUAACUUCGGAUAAUCUAUUUAUCAAGAAAAAAAACAAGCUGGUUUUAGGAUACCCCAGGAUUCAUUGUAAACCGACUUCUUGUUCCAUAUUCUUUCGAAGCAUUUGGUUUAUUUGAAAGAGGAGAUGCUUCAAUGGAAGAUAUUGAUAUCGCAAUGAAAUUAGGAACUGGAUAUCCAAUGGGACCAUUCGAAUUGGCUGAUUAUGUGGGUUUAGAUACAAUGAAAUUUAUAAUGGAUGGAUGGAAACAACAGUAUCCAAACGAUCCAUCUUUCAAAGAGAGUAAAUUGCUCAACAAAUUGGUAAAAGAAGGGAAAUUCGGAAGAAAAAGUGGAGAGGGAUUCUUCAAAUAUUGA